AUCUUCUCCACCCAGGGAUUGAAACUGCGUCUCCUGCAUCUCCUGCAUCGGCAGGUGAAUUCUAACACCAGUGCAGACACCUGAUACCACCUGGGCUCUGGGAUCAGCCAGUAGUACAGUUUCUAAUUAUUCAGGAUACUCCAUGUACAACACAUUCUUUGUACUGAAGUUCUUUCUUCAAUACUCUAAAAUGCUGUCCUUUUCCUCUCAUGUACAAUAAUCCUGUGACAUUUAGGAUUCUCCAUGAAGCAAUAAGGUCCCUAAGAGCAGAGACUAUGUCAUAUAUGUCGAGUAAAUAAAUAGACAACCAUAUUUUCGACAGGUUCAUGGUUUUUCCACAAGGCCUUACAAAGUAUCUAGCACACACAAAUUGAAAUUUAAUUGUUAAAUGAUUAAAUCAAAGGUUUUUAAUCAGGCAGAUGGGCAUCACUGAUCUUCUUAGCAUGUGUCAAAGGCUCUCUGACAAUUAGAUUAAUGAAAAGGGAUCAUUUCCCCCAAAUAUUAAUUAUCUCUGAAUUUAGCAUACGCAAGUAUAAACACAGGCAAUUCAGUGUGGUGAAUAAAGAUAUAUUAGACACAGUACUUCACUAAAAAUUCUGGUUUCUUCUCUUCCCUUGCUAACAAAGGACCUAUGAGAGAAGAAAACUAUUCCUCUGUUCCGGAUUUAUUCCUCCUAGGAGUUAGUAGUCAUCAGGAACAGGAAGACUUCUUCUUCGUCCUUUUCUUGUUCAUUUACCCCAUCACACUGAUUGGAAACCUGCUCAUCAUCUUGGCCAUUCACUUCGAUAUUCGCCUCCACAACCCCAUGUAUUUUCUCCUUGCCAACCUCUCCUUUGUUGACAUCUUCUUCUCCUCUGUAACCAUCCCUAAGAUGCUGGCCAACCACCUCCUGGGCAACAAAGCCAUCUCCUUUGGAGGAUGCCUAACACAGAUGUAUUUCAUGAUUGCCUCGGCUAACACAGAUAGUUACAUCCUAGCUGCUAUGGCCUAUGAUCGAGCUGUGGCCAUCACCCGUCCACUUCAUUACACAAAAAUUAUGAGCCCACGGACUUGUGUCCUGCUAGUCAUUGGGUCUUGGGUGGUUGGAAAUGGCAAUGCCCUCCCCCACACUCUGCUCACAGCUAGCCUGUCCUUCUGUGGAAACCAGGAAGUGGCCAACUUCUACUGUGACAUUACCCCUUUGCUCAAGUUGUCCUGUUCUGACAUCCACUUUAACGUGAAGAUGAUGUACCUGGGAGUUGGUGUCUUCUCUGUGCCAUUACUAUGUAUUGUCAUCUCUUAUGUUUGGGUCUUUUCCACAGUUUUACGGGUUCCCUCUGCUAAAGGUGUGCUCAAAGCCUUCUCCACAUGUGGUUCCCACCUCACAGUUGUUUCUCUGUAUUAUGGGACAGUCAUGGGCAUGUAUUUCCGCCCUCUGACUAGUUAUAGCCUAAAGGACGCUGUGAUAACCGUGAUGUAUAUCGCAGUGACCCCAAUGUUAAAUCCUUUCAUCUAUACUCUGAGAAAUAGGGUCAUGAAAGCUGCCCUGGGGAAACUCUUCAGCAAGGGAACGCCCUCACAUCCAACAUGAGCUCAUACACUGAAGACUGCAG